AUGGCCCAAUCUUCAAAUGAUCAAAACGUCAAGGAAGUGAAUGCCAUCACGACGAGAAGCGGUAAAACCUUGUCAGACCCACCCCUUAAAUCCAACUCUCCCAGUAUUCCAAAAGUCAUUUCCGAAAAUCCACCAGUCAAUGCCACCCCAAAGGACGAAGCCAUCCCUCGAAGAGACCCUCAGCGGCGACUGAAUCCCACGAUGAAGGAAGUUGUAAAAAAUGAAGUUUUGAAAUUGCUAGAUGCUGGUAUUAUUUACCCGGUAGCAGAUAGCAAAUGGGUAAAUGUUACCUUUGAGUGGACACCUAAGUGUGAGGAAUCCUUUCGAGCGCUUGUCAAUUCGCUCACUUCCGCUCCCAUCAUUCAGUCACCCGAUUGGAGUCUUCCUUUCGAGAUCAUGUGUGACGCCAGCAACUUUGCUGUGGGAGCUGUGCUAGGGCAACGAAGGGAGGGGAAACCCUUUGUUGUCUAUUAUGCAAAAUUUGAUAUAACAAUCAAAGACAAGAAAGGUGUUGAAAAUGUCGUCGCGGACCACUUGUCCCGACUUGAAUUCAGCGAUCCCGCUGACGGUCCACCUAUUCAUGAUGAUUUCCCCGAUGAACAAUUGCUUUCUGUUGCUAAGUUGCCGUGGUACGCUCACAUUGUAAACUACUUAGUCACAGGUGAACUCCCAUCUGAAUGGAGUUCACAAGACAAACGCAAAUUUCUGGUCGAUGUGCGCAAUUUCUUUUGGGAUGACCCAUACUUAUUCAAGUAUUGCCCCGACCAAAUCAUGCGAAGAUGCAUCCACGACGAUGAGGUGUCUAGUGUGCUGAAUCUUUGCCACAAUGAUGCUUUCGCUGUGGAUUAUGUUUCCAAAUGGGUCGAGGCUGUACCAUGUCGAACCAAUGAUAACGCUACAGUUGUCAAAUUCUUGAAAGAAAAUGUGUUAUCAAGGUUCGGUACCCCUCGCGCUAUCAUCAGUGAUCAAGGCACUCAUUUUUGCAACCGAUCCUUUGAGGCUCUCAUGCGCAAGUACGGUGUACUUCAUAAAGUUGCAAAUGCCUAUCAUCCACAGACCAAUGUGCAUCUGUACGACUCUCGCUUGCACUUGCAUCCUGGUAAACUGCGAUCGCGAUGGACUGGUCCAUUUGUAGUGAAACAAGUAUUUCCCAACGGUUCGGUGGAGGUCGAGGAUCCAACCGAUGGGAGAAUUUUUCGCGUCAAUGGCCAACGGCUGAAGCAUUACAUUAAGAGUGUGAGUCAUGUUGAAGAGGUCCUUCUUAAGGACCCAAUCUAUACACUCUGA